CGACUAAUAAUAAUAUGCAUGAUAUAUAACUAUUUUACUUUGGGGUUUGAAACUUCAUCCCCCUUUUUAUGUUCCUCUAGAACCAAACUAUCAACUUCUACUGUUCGAUUAGCAUCCUGCUUCUCGUCCAGAUUCUCAUCCUUGAGUGUCUGUAUCAAGUUUUUCAUCCUUUAUACCCUCCUUCUUCAUUCUCUUCUUGUUCUUGCCUUCUUCAACCCACUUUCUACCUUCAUCUUUCAAUUUUUGAUCAUCAUCACGGUCCAGUGAGAUCUGAGGCAUAAGAAGGAAGGCCAAAAUAAAUGAGAGACCACCUAAACCAGCACAGGUUAAGAAUAUUAUCCUAAAUCCCUGUCUAUAUCCAGAUAUAACUAAGUCAGUGGUAUCUUCAUCGAGAUUAUUACGACCUUCUUCUGGAUUAUUGAUCAGAGUUUUUAUCAAAGAUUCAGAGAGACCGUUUGCAAGCAUCCAGCUUCUAAAAACGGUAUUCAAAGUCGUUCCAGAAAUUGCCAAGCCGAGUGUACCUCCAAGGUUUCUGACAAAAUUUCUAACCGAAGUGAUAACUGCCAUAUCUUUGCGUUCAACCGCAGCUUGUACACCAACCAAGCUCGCUUGGAGUGUCAAACCCACACCAAAACCUGUAAGAAUCGAAUAACCGACUUGUUUGUCAACACCAGUAUGAUCGUCGAGCGUGGAUAAUAAACCCAUUCCAGUAGCCCAUAAUGCCCAACCAAGGAGUACAAUCUCUCUAUAACGACCAAUCCAUGUGACAAGUAAUCCACCCAAAGUACUACUUGCAGUUUGUACUAAACUUAAUGGUAGAAGCAUAGCACCAGAUUUUACACCAGAGUAACCAUAUGCCAAUUGAUAAAAUUUAGGAAGGUAGUAUGUCUGUGUUAAGAAUAAAUAACCGUUAAUGAAUUGUGUAAGACAUGCACCAUUAACCAUACGGUGACAACGGAAGAUGUAAAGGGGCAUAACUGGAAUACGAGCGAAAAGACCCUCCCAGGCAAUAAAGAUUAUUGCAACACCAAUUCCACUAAUCAAUGUACCCAAAACAUGAGCAGAGUCCCACGGAUACUCCGAACCAGCCCAGGUUAAACCUAGAAUGAUAAGUGUUGUACUAAGUAAAGUGAGGAAUGCACCAAAGAAAUCAAUUCUAAAUAGCUUCUCCUUCCAACUUCCUUCUACUUUCUUCAACGGCAUAAUAAACCAGACCAUCGCGGAUGUGACGGCGCAAAUUGGCAAAUUCAACCAGAAAAUCCAACGCCAUUGGAAUGAUGCAAACGCACCACCGAUUACGGGUCCAACACCAUUGGCUAAUGCUACGACUGCUCCUAAAAUACCUUGAUACUUUCCUCUGUCUCUAAGACUAACGACAUCGGAUACAAUAACCUGACAGAGUGACAUUAAUCCACCACCACCCAUACCGGUUAGUGCUCUGAAUACGAUCAAUUGCGUCAUAGUCUGGGACAAACUGCUACCAAGAGUAAAGACAAAGAAAAUAAAUAAACCGAUCAUAAGAAUAGUUUUCCUUCCGCAUAUAUCACUGAAUCUUCCAUAUAAAAGUUGAAAUGAGGUGGAUGUCAGAAAGUAGGCGGAGGCGAUCCAAGAUGAUUGACUACCGGAUCCAAGUGAGCUAGCGAUUGUGUUUAAAGCUACAGCGACAUUCGUUUGAUCCAUUAGAGCUAGAAAGUCAACCGAGCUGCAUGCGAUGAAAACCAUAAUUAUUCUAGACUUUGGCAAGUAAUUAGUCUGAUCAGUUAUUUGUUUCUCUGCAUCGGUGCGUUUAUGAGCUAGGCUAUCCUCAUUUAUUAUAUCCUUCUUGAUGCUGUUAUCUGAUUCGGAAUGAUGUACGCUACUAUUCUGAUCUCUGUCCAUAUUCGGGGUGAAAGAACGAGUGUGAUGACAGUUUUAAUAAAACUAUGAGGAUUGAGGUACAGUCCAUCAGACGUUACCGCACAGUCAUUUCAGGGUUCAAUUAAGUUUGUCUUCCAUCGAUUAAACGAGACCCUCCAGGUCAUCGCAUAAACUCCAAAGUCUUCUCUUGAAAGAAAACAACAAUGUCGGUCGAUAAAGAGAACAACGUCUAUAGCGGUCAGGACGCUAUCUACAACUAUCUCCACCCUGACAGGACACCUCCUACUCCACUGGUUGAAUUACCCAAUCAUCAGUUCUCAAAUGAUAAAGUUCGCAUUUGGGCUAAAUUACACUCUGCCCAUCCCCUAUCUAACGUCAAAGCGUUCCCGGCGUUCAACAUGCUCGAAAAGGCCAAGAGCACGAAUAUGAUAAAAGAUGGUUUGACAAAGGAAAUUGUUGAAUACAGCUCCGGUAGUACUAUUAUGUCUUUAGGUGUGAUUGCUAGACAAAUGGGGAUUAACUCAACGAUUGCCAACUUAUCAAAUAAAACUUCAAAUAGCAAGAUUGACCUAUUGCGCUUCUUCGGCUUGGAGUUGACAUUUUUCCCUGGACCAAGCCAACCUCUAAGCGAGGACGUCGACGGUGGGAUUUACCACGCCGCCAACCGAGGAAAGCAAGAGUACUCUUACAACCCAGACCAAUACGCUAACGAUGAGAAUCCAAAUGCUCAUGUUAGAUGGACUGCUCCUCAGAUCCUCAAACAGAAACCUGAUAUUAACAUCUUCUGUGCAGGAAUGGGUACUUCUGGAACUAUGACUGGAACCGGUAACGCCUUGAAAGCUAGCAAACCAGAUAUUAUCAACGUCGGCGUAUGUACAUCCGCGGGUGAUAGAGUACCAGGUCCAAGAGCUUUAUCAAUGUUAAAGCCCGUUACAUGGUAUGACUGGAGGAGUGCCAUUGAUACAGUUGAAGAAGUUGGUAGCAAGGAUUCUUACGAAUUGUCCUUGUGGCUGUCCAGGAAUGGCUUACUGGCUGGUCCUUCAUCUGGAUUUAACUUGAAAGGUCUCUACAACUACCUCGAACGCGCCAAGAAUAACAAUGAUCUUGACAAGCUCAGAAGUGAAGAUGGUUUCGUCAAUUGUGUUUUCAUUUGUUGUGACUUGCCAUACGUCUACAUCAACGAAUACAAAGAGAAACUCGGUGAAUCAUUCUUCGCACCAAUGCAUAACAGUGAAUUGUUAGGCGUAGAUAAAUAUCCUUAUUUGGACGCAUGGGAAUUACAUCCAGACGAAGCAAUAGUGUUAGCCAAAGAAGAUCUGACUCGAGUACUGGAUCUUAGAAGUAGCAACAUGUUUAAUCAGUUCCGUAUACCUUCUUCAUUAAACAUCCCAGUUUUAGAGGAUAUAUAUCCAAAUUGUGCACCAAAUCCAUUCCUCAAUGCAAGUGAAAUGGCAAGACAAUGGCCAAUUCUUGAUGAAAAACUUCGUCAGGUUGCUCAGGAAUACGAAGGUAAAAAGAUCUUAGUGGUUUGCGAGCAUGGUGGUUCAUCCAGGAGUGCAAACAGUAUUCUUCGCAAGUUUGGCGUUGAAUCGUAUACCAUUCGCGGUGGUAUCAAUAGAUGGAUCGAUGAAGGUAAAUCUAUUGAAAGAACAAUCGGAUCCUUGGAAAACAGCCAUUCUUCAUCAUCUUCACAAUUGACAAAGAGAAAACUUUCAUCUUCUAAACGUUUCUCUCAAUUUAUCCGUAAAGCGAGACAAUCUAUUGCCAGGAGCUAGACGAAAUACAUAGGAUAUCACCACUCUCAUUUGGAACUUUAUAUACUCUUACUAUCUUUUUUCAUACAUAUUUUCACCACUUCCAUAAUUGGGGUGCUUUCUAAAUAGAUUGAGGUACUAAUUAAUAUCUCGUCCGCAGUGAAUGUGACAUGUGUGAUCGUUAUCCUAGUUGAAUCGAUGUUCGUGAUGUGGGCGUGAAGUAAUACAGCGACUGAUGGAACGAUAGUGUGUGGCUCGUCUGCUGUUGCUCCUGUAUUAGAUGUACCCGUGAUAAGUCGUCAUAUAUGAAAGAUGGAGAGUAAUCUCGUAUUGCGGAUAGUGCUAGCGUAUCGUCCUAAUAAGCUCAUAAACGACUGCUAUAACCAUCGCUUGAAAUGUGAUUGAAAAAACAUACAUUUUGCUCCCGGCGGUAGUGUUAUGUAACACUAAUAGAACUAUUUCAAAAUACCAUCUAAUUGACGUUUCGUAUGAUAGAAAAAUCCCGCCAUUGAUUAGAGCUCUUAAUAAAUAUACCAAGGCGUAUAAGAUUGCGCUAUUAAAUUUUUAAUGCCUUAUUUAGUUAAAUAAGUAUC